UUUUUUUUUCCUUCCAUUUACUCUUUCCCACCAUCCGAUAUAAAACCCCGAAAACCCUAAAGAGAUAUCAAUUCAGGGGCUGCCCUUAUUCCCCUUCGCCUCGUCCUUGCCCUGAUUUUCAAUCGAACCGCCGGCAUGUCAAACGCCGAGGACGCCGCAACCGCCGGGAGGAUCAUCAAGUUGAAGUGCUCAAACGGCUUCUGCUUCGAAGUGAACGAAGCCAUUGCCAAGGAAUUUAGCGCCUGCAAGAAAUGGUCCAAGAAGGUGCUCGACGACGUCUUAACGCUCAAGAGUGUCUCUCAGCAGCAUCUUGCCACGAUUAUCGCAUUUUGCGCCAAGCAGGUGGAGUUUCGUGAGAGAGCUGCGGACGAAAGCGAGAUGAAUGGAUUCCUCGAGGAGUACAAGAAGGGGCUCAACACAGACGAGCUCUGGGGUCUAACUAAGGCGGUACAUUCCCUCGGCAUCCCUUUUCUGUUCAACAUGCUGAAAUCGCUCAUUGUUGAUCGCUUAAGGGGAAAGAGCGCCGAGUUCAUCCUUACCUUCUUGGGGAUCGGGCGGAAGGUCAAUCUUGAUACUGGCGUGCGCCGAGAAAUUCUUCUGUGGAUGCCCGGCACUCAAUUAGUCGGAUUGAGCCGCGUUUCCGAGUCGGUGAGAUCUCUGAUUGCUAUGCCGGACUUCGUCGAAGCCCAUCUAAAAUGCAUGAAGCAGCAGCUAUCGGCUCAGAAACCCAGUCACGCUGAAAGGGUAUUUGGGAGGAUCAAGAAUUCGUUAACUUCUCGCUUCAACGGAGAGGGGCGUUCAUGCUCGCUGUACUCAAUUUUCGAGGACACCGAAGUUGAGCUUGAUGAAAUUCCGGAGUGUUUUGUCAAAAGCAGGAUUGUGGGAUCGGUAAAUGGGCUGUUGUGUUCUGUUGGAAUGUAUACCGUCCAUAUACGGAGUCCAAAUUCGGGUCAUGUUUUCUCAUUCCGACACUGGGACAUGGAAUUCGAAGCUAAAAGUGGAGAAGACAUUCCAUUUGGCUUUGGAUAUGAUGGUCAGCGUGAUGUUUACAAAGUGUUACAACUAUGCCCACAAGCAUCUAAGGUGAUAGCUCGAGUUUUUGAUUUGAAGACCUGCACCUGGAGGGUGAUUGAUGGUUUUGAUUACGGCAUAAAAGUAAGCAACGAGGUUGGAACUUUUGUUGAUGGGUGUCUUUUCUUCCGAAUGGAUUCUGAAAAAAUCAUUGUCUCAUUCAACCUUUCUACGGAGAAAUUCAACAUCACGCAUCUGCCAAAUCGUUUUAAUGAGAAUAUGGAGUACUGGACAUUAAGGCCCGUGGGUGAAAGCGUUGGUCUCUUUUGUUACGGUGACGGUUUUUGUGUGGGUUGGCUGAUGAAACCUUCAUCAGCGGAAUGGGUGAAGACGUUCACAGUAAAGACAGAUGUGCUCAACUGCAAAUCAACUAGAGCGGUAUAUAUUUCAGAUACAAACAGGAUUCUAUUGCACACGGACCACAACCUUGUUAUCUGUGACACCAAGGAGAACAGGUUUAGGUGCCCUGCCCCAGAUGCUCCCGCCUAUGAUUUUGCUGUCAUCUACUUAGAUACCCUCGUUGUGCUGCCUCAUACGGCGAAGAUUGCAAUGAAGUAUGUAUCAUACAUGCACCCAUAUUCUCUGUCUUUCUUUGAAGCGAGCACCUUGCUUGCCACUUUUUACAUGUUAUGUUACUGUUGACCAGGAAAAAAAGAGACUCUAAGGCACGCCAUGAAAGCCGGAUGAAUAAAAUGCUGGAGAAUCUUGGAAUUGAUCCCUCCUUAUCAUCAUAUGAUGCGUUGGCAGAACUUUGCUUGAUGAAAGGCUUGCCGGCACCAUGUUACCUUGCCGAAUUACAACCCUGUGGCGGGUACACAGCUGCAGUGUCUUUGAAGGGCUACCGUACACAAGAGUCAGAAGAGCUACGACGUAAAAAGAAGACAGCUGGUUUAAGUAAAGCACUUGAUUUAGUCGCAGAAGCAAUGUUGGAGUAUAUAGCAUGGGCGGGCAUAUAGCGAUGUAGAAGGCAUGUUUUCAACAUAUGCUGUUUCUGGGUAGACAUGUUCAGGUACUUUUUGUUGAUACUUUCUCAUUGCUUAGGGGAAGCUUAUGUGCUUUGCUUGUAGACGAUAUAUGAAAACUAACUCAGUUAUUGGGGUUAACUGCCAGAUAUGUGACACAUGUUGUAUGCGGAUAGGGCAAAAUCAUGGAACAGAAAACAGAAAACAUUUCUACGAAAGAAAAAAAAAAUUGAAAACAGAGGAUCAACCACCAAACGAAAACAGAGGUAGGAAUAUCAUGCCGUCGUUUCAGUUCCUUGUUUCGCUCUGAAGUUGUAAGUCAGGGAUCGUGAAGCUCGUUUUUUGUUGUUCAUUUGUUGUCCUGGGUUUAUCCAGCAGCAGGGGAAUCGAUACUCUAUCCCUAUCUGUUGUUAUUCUCCCCUUACCUCUUUCAGUUCACGCUUUUAUUUCUUCUGUUAACUGGAGAGUUGUAAUUGGCUGUGGGCUGCUGCUAGUUUGUGAUGUGCAGCAAGUCUAGUAGAGACAGUUUAGAGCAACAAGGUUUUUGCUACAGGGGAUUGUGAGGUUGAUUACUGUGUUCGUGGUACGAUUGGUACGUAAGGAUGGUUUUGCUUUGCUGUUCUUGUGCGCCUAGAAGCUUUCUAUGAUGUUGAAUGAGGCUGUAAAAGUUUUGUUCUCUUUUGAUGAAUGUUUGUUUUAUUAUAAUGAAGGGAGACAAACUGAAAGCUCGGUAUUGCAGUCAAUGGUAUAGAGUAAAUUUAUG